ACAAAUAUUAAAAGAGAGUUUUUUUUUAAUUUAUCGUAUUAAAGAAUUUAGAGGGAAUAAUGGUCGGAGUAAUGGCUAGAAGGCCUCUAAGUCACCGGAUUUUGACGUGUCACAACCGGGAAAGUGAAUUUUCCGGCGACCAUGCUAUAAAUAUUUCUGAUACUAUUUUUAGUUUUCUUGAUGAGGAGGGUUCGUCAACAGAAAGUGUUAUUGAUGAUGUUUAUGUUGAAGAUGAAAAUGAAAAUGAAAAUGAAAAUGAAGAGAGAGAAAACAUUGAAGAUAAUCAAUUUUGGAAAACUCAACAUCAGCUUUUACAAUCAGUAUUAUGCCGGACGACAACAUUAGAAUCACAAAUCCGAGGCAUUACCAAACAAACCUUAAAAGAAGCAUCAAAAAAUUGCAGCUGUAAAAUGGUGAAAAAUAUUAGUAUUACUACUAGUUGUCCAAAUUGUCUGAUGAAGGAGGUGUGCACUAGCCUACAAAAUGCUGGUUUCAACUCAGCAAUUUGCAGGUCAAAGUGGAAGAGCUCACCAGAUAUUCCGUCAGGUGAACAUACAUUUAUAGACGUGAUAGAUAAUUCGAGCCCUAAGAAGGGAGAAGUAAGAAUAAUUAUCGAAUUAAAUUUUCGAGGGGAGUUUGAAUUAGCGAAAGCAAGUGAAGAAUACAAUCGAUUAGUGAAAUGCCUACCAGAAGUGUUUGUAGGGAAAAUAGAGAGAUUACUGUCGGUAAUAAAGAUUUUGUGCAAUGCUGCUAAGAAGUGUAUGAAGGAUAAGAAAAUGCAUAUUGCUCCAUGGAGGAAACAAAAAUACAUGCAAGCUAAGUGGCUUAAAACAUCUGAACGUAUGAGUACUACUUCUAAAUCUCCAUUGUCAGCUGAAGAAUAUUGUUAUUCGAAUCGAUUAUCGCGGCCCAAGGCAUCGAUGCUUACUGUUGAUUUACUGGGAAAUAUUCCGAGUUUAUGUCGUAAUGCAGUUGAAGUGGUGUGAACUAUGAAGGAAGAUAUCAUAGGCUUGAUGAGUGUUCCAUUUUUGUAGUUUGAUUUUCUUAUUUAGGCUACUUAAGUAGUGUGAGCUUAAGAGUAAGAUCUAUAUAAUUUCUAAUAACUUGUGAAAAAAAGUACGGUUUUUUGGUUUGAUUUAAUAAAAUUUUGAUUCGUUUUUUGUUAUUCUGUA